UGUCCCUCGGACACAGCGGAUCACCGAUGAUGGAAAGAGCCGAAGAUGUCGGCUCGGUCAUGUGAUCAGCUGUGUCCAAUCACAGCUGAUCACAUGGCACUGAUCAGUGUGCCCUGAUGAUCAGUGUGGCCCCAGCAGUGCCACCUGUCAGUGUCCAUCAGUGCCUUAUGUCAGUGCUCAUCAGUGCCUCGUGCCAGUGCCCAUCAGUGCCAUAUAUCAGUGCCUACCAGUACACAUCAAUGCCACAUAUCAGUGCCCAUCUGAGCUGCCUUUCAGUGUCACCCAUCAGUACCAGUCAGUGCCACCUAUCAAUGCCAAUAAGUGCCACCUAUCAGUGCCAGUCAGUGCCAGUCAGUGCUGCCUAUCAG